AUGGGCGCCGAACUUUUCUACUUAUUUGGUCGAGAAAAUCCAGAUGUUGUUGUUCUUCGAUGGCUACGUGCUCGUAAAUGGCAUGUGUCACAUGCCGUUCAAUCUAUGAUGGACACACUUAAAUGGCGACAUGAAUGGGGUCUUCAAAGUUUAAUCGAAAAAGGUGAAAGCGAUUUAAUCAAAGAAGAAUGUGCUUCUGGUAAGAUUUACUCGAUGGGUAAAGAUAAAGCGGGUCGUCCUAUUACUUACGUUCAUUCUAAAGAGCAUAUUAAAGGACAGUAUCCACUCGAAGCGACGGAAAAAAUAAUCAUUUUUUUCAUUGAAACUGCAAGACUUUUAGUCGAAUCUCCUCUUGAAGAAGGAACUAUCGUGAUUGAUGUGCUCAAUGUUGGCUUACAGAAUUUAGAUUAUCAACACAUUAAAUUUAUGAUCAAUACUGUGCAAAAUCAUUAUCCUGAGAGUUUGGGCAUCGCUUUGGUGGUAAAUGCUCCGUGGACGUUUAAUGCUGUUUGGAAUGUAAUCAAACCAUGGCCAGAUCCAGUGGUAUCAAGCAAGAUUCAUUUUGUUAAAAGUUCAAAAGAUUUGGUUGAAUAUAUCAAUCCAAUAGUUCUUCCGAAACGACUGGGAGGUAAUCAAAUGGAUUUUGAAUUUUGUCCGCCAAAGGAAGAAGAUGAAACACAAGUGAACAUUUUUCGAAAAGAUAAAGAAGGCAUGGAUAAAGUGAAAUUAGAACAUAGAGAAGCUGCAGAACAUUAUAUAAAUAUGACGUUAAAAUGGGCUACUGCACAAACACAAGAUGAAGAAUAUGAAAGAUUGAAUAGAGUUCAAGCAGCUAAACGACUCAGUGCUGCAUUUAAACAACUUCUACCUUAUAUUUCUACAAGAACAUAUCUUCAUCGAACUGGAGAAAUUCAAGAACCCAUAUUCGAUAUUACAUAUAAUCGAAUCUGUGCUGAAGCUAAUGGAACAUCAUAUUAG